UAUGCAUAUAUUCUUACAUCCCGUAAGAGGAGAUAACAUAAGAAGUAUACAAAACAAAAUAUCACCGGAUAUAUGCGUUUGAUAACACCAUCUCGUAAGAACGCAUGUGUGUUGCUCUUGGUUACGAAUCGUAUUCGAACCAAUCAUGGCUGACAUGCGCAGGCCAUAUAAAAAACCAUUAGGUGAUGCGUAUGAUCUUACGUUGAAGGAAUAAAUAUGUCAUAAUAUAAAAUAGUAUUAUUAUAGGUGGCGUUAUUGUUUAAAAUUCUAACGUUGAUUUUCCAUCCUAUAAAGAUCAUAGUUUAAACGGCGCUGAAAAUUCGGAGUUGCCAAGGACUUUCAAGGUAUUGUUAAAAUAGAAUUUAUAAAACAGAAAAUAAUAUUCGAAAUGGCUGCCCGAUCAGUUGUUAAAUAUUUACGUGCAAAACCUGUUAUAACGCAAAUACACAGAUGCGCAACGUUAUCUGCGUUUGAAAUACAACAUAAAACUCCAACUAUUAAAAAAGUAAUGCCUAUCCCAAAAGCCCAUUACGGCGGACGACAUACAGUUACUAUGUUACCUGGUGCUGGAAUUGGUCCAGAAUUAAUGACCUAUGUAAAAGAGGUUUUUAGUUAUGCAGGUGUACCAGUUGACUUUGAAGAUGUAGAUAUUGAUCCUAACGCAGAUGAUAAUGAAGAUUUGGAUUAUGCUAUCACAUCAAUACGUAGAAAUGGUGUAGCAUUAAAAGGGAACAUAGAAACUCGUAGCACAGAAGCUGGUGUGCUUUCUAGGAACGUUGCACUUCGAAAUCAGUUGGAUCUUUAUGUUAAUGUUUUACAUUGUGUAUCAUAUCCAGGAGUAAAUUCACGUCACAAGAAUAUUGAUAUUGUUAUUAUAAGGCAAAAUACAGAAGGAGAAUAUGCUAUGUUAGAACAUGAAAGUGUAAAAGGUGUUGUAGAAAGCAUGAAAGUUAUUACAAGUGCAAAUUCUGAACGACUUGCAAGAUAUGCAUUUGAAUAUGCUAAAAGGCAUGGACGAAAAAAGAUUACUACAGUUCAUAAAGCAAAUAUAAUGAAACUUUCUGAUGGAUUAUUUUUAGAAACAUCCAAGAAAGUUGCAAAGGAUUAUCCAGACAUUGAACACAAUAAUAUGAUUAUUGAUAAUACCUGUAUGCAAUUGGUUUCGAAUCCACAUCAAUUUGACAUCGUCUUAACAACUAAUUUGUAUGGAGCAAUUGUGUCAAAUGUAGUAUGUGGUUUGUUGGGUGGUGCUGGAUUGUUAGCAGGUAAAAACUUUGGUGAUCAUUAUACAGUAUUUGAACCAGGUACUCGUAAUACUGGUACAGCUAUUGCUGGAAAAAAUAUUGCCAAUCCUAUUGCAAUGUUAAAUGCUGCUGUUGACAUGUUACGUCAUCUUGGACACAAACGUCAUGCUACUUUAAUUCAAGAUGCAAUUAAUAAAACUAUCAAUCAAGGUGUACACACUCGUGAUCUUGGUGGACAAGCUACAAGCAGAGAAGUUGUUAAUACUAUCAUGAAACACAUUAAAACAGCAUCAAUGUAAGACUGAUGAAUUUUGUUGUGUAAUUUCUGUAGAAACAUCUACAUACUCAUGCACAUAUGUAUAUUAUAGAACUUUACUUUCUAGAAAAAAUAUUUAGUUGUUUAUUAAAGUAUUACAUCAUAAUUUUUAAUU